UUAGUCCAAAUUUCCUUUCAAUAUGCUGUGCGCAACGAACUAAAUGCAGCGCAAAUAACGCUGUGCUUUCAAUGAGCCCCCCGGACUUGCAGAAGAACAAGAUGAACGUUUGAUCGAAACUGGCUUGGGGGAGCGGUUUGUGGUGGUUACAGCUUUUCAGCCAAAAACAAUUUUGCUUCAACAUGAACCAUGGUGAACAACUGAUCGCUUUUACUCGUGCCCAGGAAGAAUCGGAUCUUUGGAGAGAUGGACACAUUCAGAAAAAAACCAGAAGUUCUUGCACCACCAUCCAGGUAGAAGAGAACUUAUCUGGUGAAGCAGUGCGUAACUUUUAUGAGAGCCUGGCACUUACAAGUAGUUCUAAAAGUGCAUCACCGAGGAAACCAAGGGUAGUUCGUGUACUCCGUCGGCCAGCGCAGGUGUCUCCUUGCACCCUGAGCUGCCCAGAACAAACCGACACCCGCAAAGGGAAUCAGCUCUUGAAAGCCGCUCAAGAUGGCAACAUGAAGGCUCUCCAAAGGCUUGUGGAGAAGGAAGGGUGUGAUGUCAAUUAUAAAGAUGGGUUUUAUUGGACAGCCAUCAUGUGUGCAGCCUAUGCUGGGCGAGAGGAAGCGGUGCGUUAUCUUUUGAGACAUGAGGCAGCUUGGCUGGGAGUUUGUGAAUCACAAGGCCGGGAUGCUAUGGAUCUGGCUGAAGAAGCUGGACACGGAGAGGUGGUCAGCAUCCUUCGGGAGAGCAAAAGGCCUCAGGUGAAGAAUGAACCCUCUAGUUUACUGGCUGAGAGAAAAUACUGCGAAGUGUGCCAGGCCCACUAUAGCGAGGACACUGUGGCUCUCCACGAGCGUUCCACUGCCCACCUUUUCAAUCGGCGUGACCCGUUGCCCUCCACCCGGUACUGCAUCCCUGAGAAUAACGUGGGCUUCCAGUUGAUGGUCAAAGGCGGCUGGGAUAAAGAAACUGGACUGGGCCCAAGUGGUGCUGGUCGCAAGUUCCCGAUUAAGACUGUCCUCAAGAGAGAUCAAAAGGGUCUCGGCUUCUGCAGUAAUCUCAAACCCAAGGUUACCCACUUCAGGCCUAAUGACCGUUGCGCUGUAGAGGAACCUGUGAAGCGACAAUCCAGAAAAGAACGAGCAGCAACAGUGGGAAAACGGGAGGCCCGCCGGAGGGAGGCCAAGGCUGCAGCUUGGGAACGCAACCUUCGUACUUACAUGAACUUUGAUCUUUGAACCCUUUGGGGACAUUUGGUGAUCCUGAUAAGGGCAUAUCCAGCUAUGAGUUACACAUCAUAAUAAAGCAUAUCUUAAU